AUGGUUGAAUUUCUGGAUUAUGAAAACAGAGAUUUACACAACAUCAGACAAAUUAUUAGUUUUCUUUCCUUUCCUUACGAAACACCAGCAGGAGCAGCAGUAUGCCAAGACAAAGAACACGACGAUUGCAACCAACACCGCUCCGCCGAUAAUGAAAAUCCAGUAAAACUUUGUGCGAAGUCAAUGCAGAGCCGAGUCGAUGAAUCCAACGUCCAUUACACUAUCGUGUAG